UAGAAGGCCACCGAGUUUGAGAGUUAGAGACGAAUAAUCGAAAUUCCAAAAACCCCAUUUGGGCCAUCCCAGAUAGACCCGAGUAACUUCCAAGCCUUAAAGAGAGAGUUUACCAUAAAUUGCUGACCCAAAAUCGCUAUCCCACGCCCUCGAGGAGGACCAAUUCUCCUGGCGAGAGAGAGAAGAAACCAGAGAAACCAGAAUCUCCCAUUCGAGGCCUCACAGGGCUCACCUCUUCUUUAGGUUCAUCAUGGGGCAGACGCUGUCGGAGCCGGUGACCACCAAGAACUCGGAGUGCUGCUCCAACAGUUCCUACCGUGUCGGCUCCAGCUGCAUGCAAGGCUGGCGCUCGCACAUGGAGGACGCGCACACCCACAUCCUGUCCCUGCCCGACGACCCGCAGGCGGCCUUCUUCGCCGUCUACGAUGGCCAUGGCGGCGCCACGGUGGCCAACCUGGCGGGCAAGCAUCUGCACAAGUUCGUUACCAAGCGGCCGGAGUACCGGGACAAGGCCUUCGAGCUGGCCCUGAAGCGGGCCUUCCUUGACUUUGACCGGGAGAUGGAGCAUAAUGGCUCUUGGGGCGACCAGAUGGCUGGCUCCACAGCCGUGGUGGUGCUAAUCCGAGAGCGACGCCUCUACUGCGCCAACGCCGGCGACUCGCGGGCCAUUGCCUGCGUGGCCGGGGUGGUGCAGGCCUUGUCCGUGGACCACAAGCCCAACGACGAGACCGAGAUUAAGCGCAUCAAGGCCGGUGGCGGCUGGGUGGAGUUCAACCGGGUCAACGGCAGCCUGGCCCUGUCCCGCGCCCUAGGCGACUUUAUGUAUAAAAAGAACCGACAGAAGCAGCCCGAGGAGCAGAUAGUCACCGCCGAUCCGGACGUGGAGGUACGCGAUAUCAACGACGACUGGGAGUUCGUGCUGCUGGCCUGUGACGGCAUCUGGGAUGUGAUGACCAGCGCCGAGGUGGGCCAAUUCGUGCGCAGCCGCAUUGCCGAGGCCAUGCCGCCGGAGGUGAUCUGCGAGGAGCUGAUGAACAACUGCCUGGCCCCGCGUGUCCAGGAAGUGGGCUUGGGCGGCGACAAUAUGACCGUGAUCCUGGUGUGCCUGCUCCACAACAAGAGCUACGAGGAUCUGGUGGUUCGCUGCGGCGGCAAGCGGAAGUCCAGUCCAGUGGAGUCGCCCAGGACCAUGAGCAGUAUCACUGAGCAGCCGGCUCUGAAGGUGGUCACGCCCUCAUCCUAUCCGCAGGGCACCUCUAGCUCUCGAACAAGCAUGAGCCUGGGAUUGGGCCUCCAGAAGAGUGAUUCGCGCAGGGAGAGUUCUUAACUAAGUCACACUAGCAUAUCUAUUAACACCUCGUUGCCGUUGCCAUGUUUCGAUUCACACACAUACACCCACUUCGGGUUAAGGGCUCUGGCUUCAGAGCAUUCGUCCUCACACCAAUCACAGCUGAAAUUCUCAGUUUAUUUUGUGCAGUUGCUCAUCCUCCUCCUGCAGCAUCUAAAAUUCAAGAAAUUGUCCUGGUCGGGGUCAUAUAGUGCACAAUUAAUUACCUAGGAAAGAAGUCCAAAUAAUAACAAACAUUCAUUUCUAAUUUCUCGGGGAUCGGUGGAUCUCUCGUUUAAUUCGAAUAAAUGUGCAAAUCUAUAA